AUGAUGCAACUGCUUCUGAGUUUUCUGCUUCUACAAGCUCUAGUAGGUUCUGGAGUUGUUCCUGCAGCAGAGGCAUUUUCUCCCUUGCAAUUGUCAACUUCUACACACAGCAAAGCCAGAGCUGUCCAUGGUCAUGUUCCAGGCUUAAGCUUAGGAGAAGUUAAGGUUGUCAAGGGAGAUGGCUCAGAAGAUUUUGGAUCCAAGAACGAAGAAGCAGAACCAAUUUCUUUCUCCCGCCGCCAAUGGGUAUCUACAGUAUCUAGUUUUUCAGGAAUUUCCAUGCUUGGAAUGUUGGUGCCCCCUGUGGCUGCUGCAGCUGAAGAAGAACCAGUGUACUAUGAUGCAUCCGAAGUGGAAAAGGCAUUUGCUGCAAUUCGCUUUGAACUAGAAGAUCCCAGUGGAGGCAUUGCCUUUUUGCAGGGAUGUGUGGACAAGACCGACUACGAGUCCAUUUUGGAAUUUACCAAGACAUAUGAUCUGGAACUGCGCAAGGCAAAAAUGAUGGCGGCCAAGAAAAAAUUCAAGUUUGGUGGCGAACAAGCUAUACAACUAUUGAACAACGUCACCUUUGAUCUCAUUGGUAUGAACAAGUCUUGUAGAAAGGGACAAGAAAAUAUUCAACUCACUCAAAAGUACCUCAGUGAACUCAAAGAGGAUGUUGCUAAAUACUUGGAAUUCCAAAAGACGGUAUUAGUGGCUCAGUCAUAA